ACCGUGAAAUAGUCCUUAGUUGCUAACGGGGAGUUCUUUGACAGUUUCAAAUCAAAUGUUAAUACCAUGUUGUCUUUUUGAGCCAGUAGACUGUCGUUAAAAUAAUCAUUGGUACGUCAAUACGGGCCAAAAGAGUGCCGUAAGUUCGAUUUAAGUGAUUCAUAUGACACGAGAAUACAGUUUAUUUAUUAGGAGUGACAGACGGAGUUAGGAAAAACAAAAAAAGAAAAAAUAUUGUCAAUUUGAUAUUAAUAAUCAUUCUACCUGUGCGUUCUGUUCAUAAUGAGAAAAGUAUAAGAAAAGAAAGAAAAACCAAAAAAAAAAAAAACACUAACUUAGUCACGGCUAGUAAUUGUUUCUGCAUCUCCUUCCGAACAUAUGUACCUUUGUCUGCCGAAGUUUCGGGAUCCGUAGAACAGACGAGAAUAAAGUUAUUGUAGAAAAAACCAUAACAAAUGGCCUAGUCUAUCAGCGUUCAAAUUUGCUCCUCAUUAAAGUGGCUAUUGGAGAAAAUAGAGUGGUAUUUACCAUUUUAUCAUUCCUGGCCUGACAUGUCAAAUCCUGGAGAUCGUUUAAGUUAUGUGCAAGAUAGUAGCAGCGAUACAGAGACAGACUACAAGGAAACGGAUAGCCGCGGUCGCCACCGCGUAUACAAGAACAGAUUUGGUUGUGGUGGCUCAACCAAACCAAAACCUUGUCUGGUACAGCGGGAUGGAAGCAACGACCAGCACUGUCGUUCCCUCAAUCCAGAAAGACAAAGCACAAUGCGUUCAUCAGUCGGGUUUGCAAAACCUCAGCCUAACCAAACUCAUGAUAAAGUAUCAGCGCCGGGAGUUGCAUCCGGCAUGAGUGGUGCACCAGCCAGUGAAGAGCGGAUAACGCUCAUUGUUGAUAAUACUAGAUUCAUUUUAGAUCCGGCAUUAUUCACUGCUUAUCCAAAUACGAUGCUGGGCCGUAUGUUCAGUUCCGGCAUCGAAUUUGCUCUGCCAAAUGAAAGAGGUGAACACGAACUUGCGGAUGGAAUUUCUGCCAUGGUGUUCAGAGCCAUUUUGGAGUACUAUAAAGAAGGCGUAAUUCGGUGCCCUCCUACCGUUACUGUACAAGAACUUCACGAAGCUUGCGAUUAUCUUCUGGUACCGUUUGAUGCCAACACAGUUAAAUGCCAAAAUUUGCGGGGACUGCUUCACGAAUUGUCUAAUGAAGGAGCUCGCUGCCAGUUUGAAGUUUUUCUUGAAGACUUGAUAUUACCACUAAUGGUUAACAGUGCGCAACGAGGAGACAGAGAAUGCCACGUCGUAGUUUUACUCGAAGAUGACGUCGUAGACUGGGAUGAAGAAUAUCCACCCCAAAUGGGCGAGGAAUACUCACAGACGGUGAACAGCACGGCCAUGUACCGAUUUUUUAAAUACAUUGAAAAUCGAGAUGUGGCCAAACAAGUGAUGAAAGAACGAGGACUGAAAAAAAUACGCUUGGGGAUCGAGGGAUACCCAACGUACAAGGAGAAGGUGAAGAAAAGAGCGGACGGCCGUGCGGAAGUUAUAUAUAAUUACGUCCAACGUCCUUUUAUUCACAUGUCAUGGGAGAAAGAAGAAGCCAAGAGCCGUCACGUCGAUUUUCAAUGCCUGAAAUCUAAGUCUGUAACAAAUCUUGCCGAGGCUACAGCAGAUCCUGUACUGGAUGCUGGAGAAAAUCCCAUAACGGCAAUCGGCAUGGAUCCUAUACCUCAACCAUUAGCAGCUAAUCCCAUGGGCAUUGAUACUGACGCUGAAGGAGCCGUUGGAUUACCAGCGGACUCGGAUCUCAACCAAUUAUUACCCGACGAAACCUCUUAAAUGAUAUAAUUAUACCAGUAAGAACAAAUCUGACACAUUAUCUAUACCUGUUUAUACACUUUGAAAUAUAUUUAAUAAAAUUUUCAAACAACAUA